AUGUUAAAUGUGAGGAGGUUAGAUUGUAUUGGUACAUUAGACCACAUUAUUUGGAAUAUAUGUACACAUCCGAAUUUACCAAUAAUAGCAUCUUGUGGAGAAUCCCAUAAUAUAAGUUUGUGGUUUUCAAAAAGUUUAAAUAAACACUUAUGGUAUCCAAAAGAUGAUAGUUUUAGUAAAUAUAAUUCAAAGAAUUCCGAUUGGAUAUUAGCGUAUCAGUUUGGCGAUAUAAAUCAUAAGAAAACAAUUAGACGAGUAUGCUGGUCUCCAUGUGGAAAUAUGAUUAUAGCUGGAAGUUUUGAUGGAACUGCUUCUAUUUGGGAAUUUGUACCUUCUACUAAGGUAUGGAAUUGCAUAUCUAUUCUACAGGGUCCAGAAAAUGAGGUAAAAGGCAUAGACUGGAACAAAUAUAAUAAUUUCAUUGCAUUAUGUAGUAGAGAUAGAUCUAUCUGGAUUUUUUCAAUAGUAAUUGAAUCUAGAAGAGCACAUGGUAGUCAGGUUGAAUCAGAAUGUCAUAGCGUAUUAACAGGACAUACACAAGAUAUUAAGACAGUAAAAUGGCAUCCAACUAACUCCCUUGUAUUGUUUUCUUGCUCAUAUGACAACACAAUUAUAAUUUGGGGACCAGAAAUACCAAUAUCAAAUUUUGAAAAUCAGAAUAUAGAGUGGAUUAAAUGGUAUGUAUUAGAAGGACACUUAUCAACUGUUUGGGAUAUUACUUUUGAUUUAACAGGAGAUUAUUGCAUAACAUGCUCUGAUGAUUCUUCCUUGAUAUUGUGGAAAGCUAAAAAGUCUUAUAAUGUCAACUUUACAAAUCCUGGUAAGAAUAUUAUAAAAUCAGCUACUAUGAAUACAUCAUUUCGUAUUCUGACAGAAAAUAGCACACAAGUUGUAAAUAAUUAUUUACAAAAAAGUAGUUACAGUGGAUUUCUUUUUCAUGGAGAUAAUGAAUAUAGUCCACCUAUUUAUUCAGUUGAUUGGUGUCAAUACUUAAAUUGUAUUGUUGCUGGAUCUGGUGACAAUAGUCUUCAUUUCUUUAGUUUAUCAAAAGAUGAGUUAAAGCAUUUAAAAAGUAUUGAAGAUGCUCACAAAAACGAUAUAAAUAGUGUUUCUUGGUUACACAAUAAUAAUGGGAAGUUUGUCUCUGCUGGUGACGAUGGGAAUAUAAUCUUAUGGGAGGUUACCUUUAUAGAAAUUGAAGAAUAG